GGGGGGGGGUUCUGCUAAUUCCUCGGUGCCUGUCGCUGUCUCCUUGGCCUGGUCUGCGCAUGAAUGAUCCCUCCGAGCCCCUCCUUCCCUGUCCCUGAAGCGCCCUUCCCUGCACCCCAGGGUGCUGCGCGCUCGGUGCCAGGGCUGGGCACCUGUCCGGCGCCCCUGGUUCUGCCUGUGCCUUGCCUGGCUCCAUCUUUUUGCGCAUCCACAACAGAAAUAGCCUCCAGAGUCGCGCAAGUGGGUGGUGGUAAUGUCUAAACGUGUGGGGCUCACCCUGAUGUUCACGCCGUGCUGCUUUGUCGGGUUUUUAUUUGACUUCGCUCGGAAUUCAUAUUUUAUCAUCCUGGUUUGCCUAAGUGUGCGGGUUAAAAUUCCACUCCUAGUUUGACCGACACUUGCCUUUCAUCAUGGGGGAGCUUUUCCGAAGUGAGGAGAUGACCCUGGCCCAGCUUUUCCUCCAGUCGGAAGCUGCAUACUGUUGUGUCAGCGAGUUAGGAGAGCUUGGGAAGGUUCAGUUUCGUGAUUUGAACCCUGAUGUGAAUGUGUUCCAGCGUAAAUUUGUUAACGAGGUCAGGAGAUGUGAGGAGAUGGACCGGAAACUCAGGUUUGUUGAGAAGGAGAUUAAAAAAGCGAACAUCCCAAUCCUGGACACCGGUGAGAACCCAGAGGUGCCUUUCCCACGUGACAUGAUCGAUUUAGAGGCAAACUUUGAGAAAAUUGAAAAUGAGCUUAAAGAGAUCAACACAAACCAGGAAGCUCUGAAGAGAAAUUUCCUAGAGCUGACAGAAUUAAAAUUUAUACUGCGCAAAACUCAGCAGUUUUUUGAUGAGAUGGCGGAUCCAGACCUGCUGGAGGAAUCCUCUUCGCUCCUGGAGCCGAGUGAGAUCGGAAGAGGUGCCCCUCUACGACUUGGAUUUGUGGCCGGUGUGAUCAACCGAGAGCGAAUCCCUACCUUUGAGCGCAUGUUGUGGCGAGUGUGUCGAGGAAACGUAUUCCUGCGUCAGGCUGAAAUCGAAAACCCUCUGGAGGAUCCUGUGACGGGAGACUACGUGCACAAGUCGGUGUUUAUUAUUUUUUUCCAAGGUGAUCAGCUAAAAAAUAGAGUCAAGAAAAUCUGUGAAGGGUUCCGUGCCUCCCUCUACCCUUGCCCAGAGACACCUCAGGAGAGGAAGGAAAUGGCUUCUGGAGUCAAUACCAGGAUUGAUGAUCUUCAAAUGGUGCUGAACCAAACGGAAGACCAUCGCCAGCGAGUCCUGCAGGCAGCUGCUAAAAAUAUCCGCGUGUGGUUCAUCAAAGUGCGGAAGAUGAAGGCUAUCUACCAUACCCUGAACCUGUGUAACAUUGACGUGACCCAGAAGUGCUUGAUUGCUGAAGUCUGGUGUCCUGUCGCGGACCUCGAUUCCAUCCAGUUUGCUCUCAGAAGAGGCACCGAGCACAGCGGAUCCACUGUUCCAUCCAUCCUGAAUAGGAUGCAAACCAAUCAGACCCCGCCAACUUACAACAAAACCAACAAGUUCACUUCUGGCUUUCAGAAUAUAGUAGACGCAUAUGGCAUUGGAACUUACCGGGAGAUAAAUCCAGCUCCGUACACGAUUAUCACUUUCCCAUUCCUGUUUGCUGUGAUGUUUGGAGACUUUGGUCAUGGAAUCCUGAUGACGUUAAUUGCCGUGUGGAUGGUGGUUAGGGAAAGUCGCAUUCUGUCACAGAAGAAUGACAAUGAGAUGUUCAACACCAUUUUUAAUGGUCGGUACAUCAUUCUGCUAAUGGGAGUGUUCUCCAUGUACACCGGCCUUAUCUACAAUGACUGCUUCUCCAAAGCACUUAAUAUGUUCGGCUCAUCAUGGAGCGUGCGGCCAAUGUUCUCGAAAGGCAACUGGACAGAAGAGUUGCUUCAGAACACCCCUGUCUUGCAGCUGGACCCUGCUGUGGCAGGGGUCUUUGGUGGACCAUAUCCAUUUGGCAUUGACCCAAUUUGGAAUAUUGCCAGCAACAAGCUGAACUUCCUUAACUCCUUUAAGAUGAAGAUGUCUGUGGUUCUUGGCAUCAUCCACAUGCUUUUUGGUGUCACACUGAGCCUUCUCAACCACAUAUAUUUCAAGAAACCGCUGAACAUCUAUCUUGGGUUUAUUCCUGAAAUGAUUUUCAUGUCGUCAUUGUUUGGCUACCUUGUUAUCCUCAUUUUCUACAAGUGGUCGGCCUAUGAUGCUCACACUUCAAAGGAUGCACCAAGCCUUCUAAUCCAUUUUAUCAACAUGUUUCUUUUCUCCUAUGCCGAUCCCAGUAACAAGAUGCUUUAUAAAGGACAGCUAGGGCUUCAGUGCUUCCUGGUGGUUGUUGCGCUGCUGUGUGUGCCAUGGAUGCUGGUAGUUAAACCCUUGGUCCUUCGCCAUCAAUAUUUAAGGAGAAAGCAUUUGGGAACUCACAACUUCGGUGGGAUCCGGGUGGGCAAUGGACCAACUGAGGAGGAUGCAGAGAUCAUUCAGCAUGACCAGCUUUCCACCCAUUCUGAAGAUGGGGAUGAGCCUGCAGAAGAUGAGAUGUUUGAUUUUGGGGAUACAGUGGUACAUCAGGCCAUCCAUACCAUUGAGUAUUGCCUGGCGUGCAUUUCCAACACAGCGUCCUACCUGCGGCUUUGGGCUCUCAGCCUGGCCCAUGCACAGCUUUCUGAGGUGCUCUGGACCAUGGUGAUCCACAUCGGCCUCAGUGUGAGAAGUUUGGCUGGAGGUUUUGCUUUGUUCUUCAUAUUUGCUGCUUUCGCUACCUUGACUGUGGCAAUCCUUCUGAUCAUGGAGGGCCUGUCAGCUUUCCUUCAUGCACUCCGCUUGCACUGGGUUGAGUUCCAGAAUAAGUUCUACAUUGGCACUGGAUUCAAGUUCCUCCCGUUCUCAUUUGACAGCAUCCGUGAAGGAAAAUUGGAUGAUUAGAACGUCCCUCAGCCUAACUGAGCAGUGUUAGUCUUGAAUGCUGGCGUGUUGUGCUGUGGUUAGCCCUUGUCUCCUGUGUGUUUUGUGUUGUGAAGUUGUGUGUAGCUCCCCUGCCAUGAUGUGCUGCUUCUGCGAAAAUAACUUCCAUUGCAGCUGCCCGAAGUGUCUGUCUGAGACUGUUAAGUGGAGGGCUGUGACAUCACUGUAGCAAGCUUAGCUGACAUUGCUUCAGAGUCACUUCUUUCUGCCCUAAGCAAACAGCUUGUUUAGUGCUGUGCGUGUUUACCAUGGGGGUUGCAUAGGAAAUGUCUAGACUUAGUGUAUUUAAUCAUGUAUUGGUUUAUGAUAUUGUACAGUAAUUAGCUCCUUGGCAGAUUCCCAUAAAGCACUGUGGGGCAAAUACAGCCUCCUAUUGCAUUAGGAACAGGACGUGCAAACUUUGGCCUGCCUGUAGCCCAGCUAAUCUGAGAAGGAAGCGUUUAGAGGGAAGAGUCUAAUGUCUUUGCCACCUCGUUUAAACAAACUGAGAUCCACUGAUGCACAGAGGGGUCUUGGGGAAAGCUGGGGCCAUGUGCAACCCAGAGCAGUUCCCUCUUGCUUCCACAUGUACAGUGUUCUUACUGUGCUUGAGUGAGCUGUUCUCACGGAUUGUGAAUGCUGCUCUCUUCACACCAUACUGCUGGGUGCUUCCCGGGGGGCCAACAGAGCACACUUCCCUCCCCCGGCUGUUGUCAACUCACUGUAGCCUCCGCCUGCAGUUGCAGUUUCUAGCCUGCAGCAUUCCUUCAUGCUGCCUGGUGCUGGGGGAGCUGGGCGGAUGGGUUCUGACACACUCUUCACGGAAGGGUCCACUCACGCUUUCCAGCCCUGCCUCUGUACUCAGCCCAUGGAGUCAGGUCUCUUAUUUCCUCAGCAAUGUUCUGGCAUUUCUCAAACAGGACACUGAGACGUGCUCAGAAUUUGCCCACCAUGGUCUGCACCUAACUUACCUAAAACGGCACCCAGCAGCCAUCCUCAGCUGUAACUGGGGGAGCAUCCUGCAGAGGCCACCAGCAGGGAACGGCUUACCCUGGCACAGCCCGACUCUGCAACAUGCACGUCUGUGUUGUCUUGGGGGCUGCAGUUUGUCUGCCCUGCUGUCUGUGCAAAGAAAACUUGCCUGCUUCCCCGUAACUCUCCAACAGCCCAGAUCCAUGUGUGCUUCAUGCACGCAAGCCAAACAAACCCAGGGCUGUUGCAGUGGGGCAGGGAGUGUUUUCUGUUUCCUCUCUGGGACUGGGGUCGGUGAUCUUCCCCACAGAAUCUGUCAGUGCUAUUUGAGCUGCUGGCAAAGUGGGGAACCCAGCAGGGUCCCUGAGGUAUUAAGUUCCCUCGAGGACCGAACACUGGGCUUCCACAAAAUUCCCAGCUCUAGCUGAUCUAGAGAGCAAGGCCCAGAUUCAGAGUCCUUGUGAUUAGAUCAGUGCCAGAGUCAUGCUUUGAAUUGGUGACGGUCUGUGUGGUGUGGGAGGGCCGGUCAGAUGUCAGUGAUGUCAGUCCAUAAAGGACCAGAGUGGUAGAAGCGGGGCAUACUGGGUGUGUGUUUGGUCCCUACUGGAGCUGCAGUCUAGAGUCAUGAAGGUGUUUCGAUCCCUUCUCUGUCCCGUAUGUACGUGUGCACAGAUAACCACAUCUGCUACCAUGGAAGCUGUCUCAUUUCUCCUGGUUUCAGAGGCUCCAUUGUGAUUGUGUCUGUCAGUGUCAGUAUCUCUUCCUCUGCCAACGCUGUCCUAUUCUUAGCAAUCAUGCAACCAAGGAGAGUGAACUCCUGGCAUUUUGUUCAGAAAAUUCUGUUGUUCGUCAGUGCUGCCUCUCUGGAGCUGGGCUGUGUGAUGCUGUGUCUCUGGGACUUGGACACCACGGGCAAGGGCAGCUGCUAACGUUACCAAAACCAUGUGACACUCCCCAUUCUUCCCCUCCCAGUGGAGUGGAGGGGUGUGGUAGGAGCUGCUCUGCGAGACAUGGGCAUCGCACUCCCUGCCGGAUUGGUGUGGCUGAAGGACAGGCUCUGGGCUGCCGAGCCAUCAGUUGUGCACCUCUGACUAUUGCUUAAUGAAGUUAGUAAAAUCCGAUAUUCCAAGGACUCUGAGGGUUGGCCACGCUAAGUAACACCUGCGCAAUCUGACAUCGGAUCAAGUGUUAGAUGGCAGAUAAUUGCCCCAGAGAACCUCAUAAGUACGGCCAGUAUUACACUGUCUGGCCUGACAGCCGCACUUGUCCUGUCUGAAGAGUCCUGUUGUGAAGGGAGCAAAGGCUGGGACUCAUUGCAAUGCCCUCUGUGGGAACAGGAUUGAAAUAGGGUCACUCAGAGGGCAGCAGGUGCCUGUUCCCCUUGUGCAGGGUGUGAAUAGUCACUUGCCUUCCCCGUUGGAAAUAGCCUCAGGAGUAGUGAUGUGUGUUUAAGCCCUCUCUCUAUUGCACAGUCAGCUGUAAUCCAUGCACUGUAUGGGGAGGUGGGGGCAGGGGUGGGAUAGAUACUAAUGAAACAGUGACUGGAAUCCUUUAAAACUGGCCAUCCAGUGGGAAAAUGCCAUAAAUGCAGGAUUCUCUGAAGUGGUGUGAGAAAAGUGUGCAGUGAGCACUAAAAGGAACAGACCGAAUGUUUGAGCGAGGCUGGGGCGGGGCAGACAGGUACAGCCAGGCUUUGCUAGCCACAGCUUGUGUAAAUAUCCCACAGGGAGGAACUGCAUUGUGGGAGGUGUGGGACAUGCGCAUGGAUUUGCAGUAAUUGAGCCUGAUUCUGUUUACAUGUUGAUUUUACUGUAUGUUUACAAUCCUGUUUUAAAUGAAGUCUGGUCUGCAGCCAAAGCAGUAACACUAACUACCCUGGUGGCCUUGUUGUGACUCAGGGUACACAUUACAUUGUGGAGUUGAGUGUAA